AUGACUGUUACCACAAUACGUUGAAUGUACUGAAUACGAUAAAGAUGGAGUGGACUUCAUGCAGUAAUGCUGAACAGUCUUUGAUGAAGAAAGGCUAUGGUGGAAUGAUAUCAGUGGAAUUUGAUGGAGCAGAAUACCUUGUCAUAAUAGGAGGGAGAGGUUCUACACCAACUGUUUACCAUCCUCAGUUUCAAUAUGAUCAACUUGAUGAUGGCGGCGUUCGUACUAAUGAACAGUUACUUUAUAUUGUGUCCACUGGACAAUUCACUGUUCCAUCUGUCAGUGGACAGUGUUGUCCACCAACUAGUAGUUUCAUAAUUGAGAAGAUUACUACUACCGGUAACAGAGGAGUAAUGUUUGGAGGACGAGUGACUGUUAAUGAUGAUGUGAAUACAGCUACUAACAGUGUUUACAUAUUCAGUAUGACACAUAGUAUAAUAUACUAUCCGUAUACUAGUAAUGUCAGGGAACAGCCAGGUCAAGAAUAUCUUAUCUCAAGAACUGUAAAUACUACUAUAGCGGCCUUAUUACCAGCAGGGGCCCUACUCAAAUAA